AUGGUACCAACCACGAUUAAUACAAUCAAGAUAAUGAAGAUUGCGAAAAAUGCCCAUCUGGCGCCUCCUGACCCGGACCAGGAAUCAAGAAAGUUUUCUAGCAUUAUCAAAUUGAUCUCUUAUUUAGCCCGUAAAUUACCCUCGGGUAAAAUCACCACCAAAAGAGAUUUCCACUACCAAGACGUAAACCUAUUUCAAAAUCAAGAGUAUUCUAAUAGUAUCAUUGACUUGUUUUCUACUUCGUUAAAUAUAUCUACACAAGAGAAUUUACUAAUUUAUUCUUCCCAAAAAGGCUUGUGCUACGGGAAUUGCAAAUUCUCUCUAAAUAAUCAAUGGUUUGAUCUAACCUAUAACUCUGCCCCAAUCCUUAUUCCUCAUAUCUUAUCAAACCAUAUCCUCACCUUCACUCAUCCACCCAUUGCCAUCAUAAUCAUUGAAAAAGACGCAGUGUUUAAAUCCUUUACUACCUACUUGACUGAAUUCUCUCCCUCCUCUAAUUUCUUGGUGGUCACCGGUAAAGGUUUCCCCGACAAGUUAACUAAAAAAUUCAUCGAGUUAUCUUCUGCUAAUUUAAACAUCCCAAUUCUUACCUUUGUUGAUUCUGACGUUUAUGGUUUAUCCAUCUUUAAAAACUACAUGUUUUCCAAUUCCGCUUACCUUGAGAAUAUCAUCUUGGCCGGCGUCUUUCUACUUGAAUACACCGACGGUUGGUUGAAUAUUACCUCUUUGGAUCUUAGAAGAAUGAUUGGCCUAGUUAAAUCCACCAGUCUGCAAACCCAUCUCCAUAAAGAGCUAGUAAAACUUCACCGGGAGCUCACCAGAAGCCUACUACUAUUGAAAAAAUCAGAAAUGAAUGUAAUUAAUCAUAAUUGCAGCCAUUAUAUCUUUUCAAAAUCUUUAGAGUAUUUGAAAAAAUGA